GCCCACAGUUGCCUCAGCAACCGGGCUUCGCUUCGCACGUUGAUGCUCGCCCCGCCCAACGACUGCGUACUUGCGUCGUUUCUAUGGUGGCGGCGGAUUCGGUGGGACAGAAAGAUCCUGGAGUAAGGAUGUUCCGCCGGGAGCGUUCCAUCCCCCUUCGAGGCUCCGCUGCCGCCCUUUGCAACAACCUCAGUGUGCUGCAGCUGCCGGUCCGUAACCUCACACAUUUUGGGGUAGUCCAUGGACCCAGCGCUCAGCUUCUCAGCGCUGCUCCUGAGGGUGUGCCCUUGGCCCAGCGCCAGCUCCAUGCUAAGGAAAGAGCUGGGGUGAGCCUCCCACUUAUCACCCAGGUCCAUUGGUGUGUACUUCCCUUCCGAGUAUUGCUGGUACUCACCUCAAAUCGAGGAAUACAGAUGUAUGAGUCUGAUGGCUCUGUCAUGGUCUAUUGGCACGCGCUGGACUCUGGAGAUGCCUCCCCAGUACAGGCUGUGUUUGCCCGAGGAAUUGCUUCCAGUGGCCACUUCAUCUGUGUGGGAACGUGGUCAGGCCGGGUACUGGUAUUUGAUAUCCCAGCCAAGGGUCCCAACAUUGUACUGAGUGAAGAGCUGGCCGGGCACCUGACAUCAGUCACAGACAUUGCCAGCGAGCCUGCCCAGGAACAGGACCCAGCAGGGGAGAACGGGAAGGGCUCGCCCUGCCUUUCCACUCAGGACUGCAUUGCUGACAUGGUGACAGCAGAUGACUCAGGCUUGCUGUGUGUCUGGCGGUCAGGUCCUGAAUUCAAAUUAUUGACCCGAAUCCCAGGAUUUGGGGCCCCGUGCACUUCAGUGCAGCUGUGGCAGGGGAUUGUAGCAGCAGGCUAUGGGAACGGGCAACUGUGUCUGUAUGAGGCCAGUACGGGAACUCUACAUGCCCAGAUCAACGCCCACGCCCGGGCCAUCUGUGCCCUGGACCUGGCUCCAGUGGUGGGCAAGCUACUCUCUGCAGCUGAGGACACCUUUGUACACAUCUGGAAGCUGAGCAGAAAUCUAAAGAAUGGCUGCAUUGAGGUGGAACACUGUCAUGGUGAAUGUGUGCCUGACACUCAGGUGUGUGGUGCCCGAUUCUGUGAUCCCUCAGGCAGCUCUUUGGCUGUGACUGGCUACGACCUCGCUGAAAUCCUCAGAUUCAGCAGUGUGUGAGAGCAGAGAAGCCCUCCUUUCUCCCUGUGGUAUCUAUAAAGUACCUUC